AUGGGUAGAGACAAUGAUGUGUGUCCACAUUUAAUGGAAGGUCAGCUGGGGUCAACUGAAGGUCAUGCAGUGAAUGUACUAUAUGAUUAUAGACUGAUUGUGUUGUGGAUAAUGGCUUGGUUUUCUUAGUCAAGCCAAUCUGAACAAGUCGCAGUCUGAGGAUCUCGCUAUCAAAGCCUUGUGAAUCAUGUGCAUUGUGGAAACGACUGUAUGUAUCCCAUCUGUGUCUUUGCAAGCGGUGAAAAAACUAUUUACAUAUCUGCCACAGUACACAAUAGUCGUGUGUAUGAUACUCUAUGUAGAGAGAACUAUGUGUCUUUUGUAAUUUCCCAGGGAGGGAGCUACCUCCUAUUUCCAGUGAUGUGAGGCAGAAACAGAGGUUCUCCAUCAACACACUUCCCCCCAAUGAUUUAUUGAUGUAUUGUUUCCACGGUGUUGCAGGGAAGACAUAGAGCGAGCCACAAUCUCAGGGGACUGGAGGGAUGUGAGGGAUUUCUACCUGACCACCUUUGACUCCUUUCUAGAGAUCAAUGCUGCCUUCAAGGUAAUUGCUUUUCAAAUGGUUCCUGCUGGCUUUUUGUUUUAUGUUGUGAGUUAGGCUUUUCCCCAAAAUAACUUACCAAUUUUUUUAUAUUCUAAAUCCUUUGGUUUAGAUUAGUUCCACUUCUUAAAUUAUUGAUAUUUGCAGCACCUGUUUCUCUGUUGUGAAUUCUCUUAAGAAGGAAAGCAUACAGAACAGCAUGUGCUCGUUCUGGAAAGUGUUAUUCAUGAGGAAACCAAUAGUGCGUAAUGUAACAGAAAAACUGUUCAUCAUCUAUACAGCUCAUAACGGUCCGAGCCUUGUUUUGUUGGCGUCAUGCGAGAAUGGUUCAACACACACACACACACACACACACACAGUCUUGUGCAGCUAACCUUGUGGGGACAUACAAUUCAGUCCCAUUCAAAAUCCUAUUUUCCCUAACCCCUAACCCUAACCCUAACCCUAACCUUAACCCAAAAACCUAACCUUAACCCUAAACCAAACCCUAGCUCCUAACCCUAUCCCUAAAACUAACCCUAUCUCCUAACCCUAACAUUAAUUCUAACCUUAACUCUAAACCCCUAGAAAUAGCAUUUGACCUUGUGGGGACCAACAAAAUGUCCCCAGUUGGUCAAAUGUUUCUUGGUUUACUAUUCUUGUCGGGACUUCUGGUCCCCACAAGUAUAGUUAAACACGUCCACACACACACACACACACACACACACACACACACACACACACACACACACACACACACACACACACACACACACACACACACACACACACACACACGUCCUCCCUGCCAAACAAGUCCAGGGUUUGGCACUAGCAGGUGCCCCUUGUGAGAAAACCGUUUGAGAUGUCAUUAAAAAGCCCUGAAAUAAAACCAUUUAACAGCGGGAAACCCUAUUUUCCUCAUUUCUUAGAAAGAAGCUAAUGGCAUAUUUAACACAAUAGAGGAAUCUGGAGUCAACUCAAAAUGUGUGAAUGCUGUUUAUGAUACUUUACUCUGCACAGUAAGUACUGCUAACAUGACAUGUCUAGGGAAAAGGAUAUCGUAUGGCAAAAUAAACAAAUGAAAUCAUAUUCAGAUUUUUUGCCCUAAAUGUUAUUUGUGAAACUAGCAGCAUUUGGGUCAUAUUCACCCGAUUUAAAGGUUAACUCAUGUUUUUUUUAUCUUUUGGUAUUUGUUUCAUUAGUCCAUUGUUGAUAUAUUCCCAAAAUGUUUUGCAUGUCAGCAAUCAAGUUUUCAAGAUAUAUCAUUUCAAAAUACAGAAAUACAGCCAGUAUUAUACCUUUUUUUGCUAAAUGCAUCAUACCGGCUGUAUUUAUGAAAUUAAAUCCAAUGUUAUUCGUCACAUGCUUCGUAAACAACAGGUGUAGACUAACAGUGAAAUGUUUACGGCCCUUCCCAACAAUGCAGAGAGAAAGAAAAUAGAGAAAUAAUAGAAAAGUAAAAUACGUAAUAAAAGUAAUAAUAGACAACUUGGUUACACACAAGGGGUACCAGUACUGAGUCGAUGUGCAGGGGUACGAGGUAAUUGAGGUAGAUAGUUAUAUAUAAUUAGGAACAAAGUGAAAGAUAGUAAACGGUAGCAGCAGCGUAUUUGAUGAGUUAAAAAAGUUAGUGCAAAAAGGGUCAAAGCAGAUAGUUAAAUAGUUAACCAAAUAGCUACCCGGACUAUUUACCAGUCUUAUGGCUUGGGGUUAGAAGCUGUUCCGGGUCCUGUUGGUUCCAGACUUGGUGCGUCGGUACUGCUUGCCAUGCGGUAGCAGAGAGAACAGUCUAUGACUUGGGUGGCUGGAGUCUUUGACCAUUUUUAGGGCCUUCCUCUGACACCGCCUGAUAGAGAUGUCCUGGAUUGCAGGGAGCUCGGCCCCAAUGAUGUACUGUGCAGUGCGCACUACCCUCUGUAGCGCCUUACGGUCGGAUGCCAAGCAGUUGCCAUACCAAGCAGUGAUGCAGCCAGUCGAGAUGCUCUCAAUAGUGCAGCUGUAGAACCUUUUGCGGAUCUGAGGGUCCAUGCCAAAUCUUUUCAGCUUCCUGAGAGGGAAGAGGUGUUGUUGGGCCCUCUUCACAACUGUGUUGGUAUGUUUGGACCAUGAUAGAUCCUUAGUGAUGUGGACAGCGAGAAACUUGAAGCUUUCGACCCGCUCCACUACAGCCCCGGCGAUGUGAAUGGGGGCGUGCUUGGCCCUCCGUUUCCUGUAGUUCACGACUAGCUCCUUUGUCUUGCUGAUGUGGUAUGUGAAUUGGUGUGGUGUUGAUGUGAGCCAUGACCAGCCUUUCAAAGCAUUUAAUGGCGGGGUCAUAGUCAUUUAGACAGGUUACCUUGGCAUUCUUGGGCACAGGGACUCUGGUAGUCUGCUUGAAACAUGUAGGUAUUACAGACUGGGUCAGUCAGAGGUUGAACAUGUCAGUGAAGACACUUACCAACUGGUCAGCACAUGCUCGGAGUACGCGUCCUGGUAAUAAAUCUAAUUAAAUAAAUGUAUUUUCAAAUUUUUGCCAUUUUUAGUUGCCACAUUGUGCCAGUUUCGGGUGGUCUAAAUAAUGAAAUAUGAUGUCUCAUUUGGCUGACUGUAUACAUUUUCAUUUCCUCCUUUCACUGAAAACUAUUUGUUGUGUUUUUAGACCCAGAACGAAAGAUGACCUUAGGGCAUACUUAAUCUUAGUUCAGGUAACAUUUACUCCUUAACUGAACAUCUUACUAAGUACUGUAUAUGCACUAGUACGUUUUGUAUUUAAAAGUAUGUAAAAGUGUCAUUUUAUAAAGUGUAAAAAAUAAUGUUUUCUGUUUCAUGCUUUGUUUUUUGUGUAUAAUUUAUUUUGGAAAAAGCUUGGACUGGUGCAAAUGAUCAGUAAAUCCCUUUGUUGUUAAACCGUUAAUUUCAGGACAGAAAUAAAAUGGCUAUACUGCUCCCAUCAUCAGAUUUUUGUUUUCAAUUAAUCCCUGUCAUUUCCUGUGGAAAGUGGGUUAUUUUGUGCUUUCCAAACCACCACUGCCACAGGCUUAAAGAGACUGUGAGGGUCCCAUAUACCCUGUAGUAUUCUAGCCUCUGGGUUCCACUGAGACUCCUCUGUGGUUGCAUGUGAAGUGAUACAGAGGCGGCAGUUCUGGCUCACUGGAUUCAGUGGCAGGACUACUGUCUGCUCUCGCAUCAGUUCUGAAGAUGGUUCUGGCUGUAGUGUAGUGAGUCUGCUUUAUUUUGUGGUCUUAUUUCUGUGUUUUUCAUAGUGAGACAGUAGUUCUUUAGAUGUCUAGGUGCUUAUAUAAAGAUGAUAGUCUUGUUGGUUCAGAAUGUUUCGUUUCAGUGUACUGUGGUAGUGGAUGUUAAUUUAAUACCUACAGUAUACCGUGUCUCUGUUCCUCUUACACCAGAGUACUUUUUACUGCAACAGUAGUUCUGUCUGUUGGUCUAAUGCCUAGCUAUACGGUACAGUGGGCCAGGCCAAGCAAGACAUGCUGGAAUCCUUAGGCCUCCUCCCCCUCCAUACAGCCCAUUGACUCCAGUCAUGUCUCAGUCAGUCAGUGCACAGCAGUACUGCAACAACUACUCUCUGUGCCCUGAGCUAGCUGUGUGACUAGAGUCGUUGAUUUGACUUCACCUAUUUCACUUAACCUCAAAUCUAGUAACCCUAGUCCUUCUAAGGAAAAUGCUGGUGAUGUCAUUAAUUUAACUCCUCAGAACAAAUCUGUACAUGCUGUAACUAACAGUGUAGGACAAUUGUAAAUAAGAUAGGAAAUUGAAUACAAAAUAGAAUUGCUUUAGCCUAUCUAUAAGUGUAGGUCUAUUCUCUUGUUAAACGUUAAUGUAGAGAAUUUGGGUGGUUGAUGGACUGGGAGACACACAGCACACAUCUGAUCAGCCAGAUCCUUGAUGUCAUGUUCCAUGUUCUCCAUGGAGACAGGUUGAGGUCAUUCUGGAUUGCUGGAAUGUCGGUUUCUUGUGGGAUGCUAUUUUUUCGGAGAGGCUGAAUGUUUUACGGUUUUCGCUGAAGUUCAGUGCAUAGAAACCUAAUAAACAGACUGGACCAUCAUCAGCUUUUAAAGCUUUUGCUUGAAUCUCUCUUUUCCCUAUAUUGGUGCUUGUUCCUUUUUUAAGCACACUUGCAUUCCAUUCUGGAUUUUUAAUAAAGAGUACAUGUGUUUAUUUGUUUUCUAGAACCCUCAGUAUUCCAGCACCAGUACCUAUGUGAUCGCCCACCUACUGAGACAGAUAGCUGCCCUGUCCGAGGCUGACCACCAUUUGCUAGUGCACUGGUUUAAAAAUUAAGUGCAGUCUGCAGUGUGUCUUAUAAAACAUUUUUCAUUAUAAAACAUUCCAUGUGUCUGUUUCACAGUAACACAGCCCACAGUUAUGAAUGAGUUAAGUAGUGAAGUAUUUAUGAUGUUCAUAGAGAUGACUCACACCCAGCCUGUAUCCAGUUUAAGUAUGAGUUGCCCAGUUUCUCCCUGCACAUUGUCACAAUCGUUGAUUAAGUAGUCAGACCAAGGUGCAGCGUGGUAUGCGUACAUGUUUUAUUUACGAAUAAACACUUCACAAAAAUAACAAACAACGACCCGUGACAUUCUAUGGGCUAUAACGAAACUAGCCAAACAGAAACAAGAUCCCACAACCCAGGCAGGAAAACUGGCUGCCUAAGUAUGAUCCCCAAUCAGAGACAACGAGCGACAGCUGCCUCUGAUUGGGAAUCACACCCGGCCAAACAUAGAUAUACAAUCACAUAGAAUUUCACACCCUGACCAAACUACCUACAGAAUAACAGUCUCUCCAGGUCAGGGACGUGAUACACAUAGUCACACCCAAACAGUACCUUAAGUUGACUAUGGCCUGUGGUUACAUAAACGAAGUGUGUGUGUGUGUUCCUGUUCCUCCCUCCUCCCCAGACUGACUCCAAGGCGUUUCAGGCAGCUGGUGGCGCGUCUCCUUCACUUAAUCUCCACUCGUCUGUUCCCGGCUCCUCCUGAUGAGCUGUCCCCUCUGAACAAGUGCUCCUGGUGGAUUCCGGCUGCCACCAAGUUCCUUGGCCUCUUCAAUAAGUCAUGUCCACAACAUCGGGAAAAGGGGAUGUUCACAGGGCUCUGGGUACACCGCAGUGCUGCGUAA